UCUCGUGCUGCGGGUCUUAUAUAAACACCAGCAGCCAGCCGGAGGGUCAGCCUGCCUCCAGCUCGCCUUCUACCCCCAGACCUACCCUGCCGCAGGGCAGCAGGCGGACAGUAUGUCGGUCGACAGCGUAUUCAGGACCCGCUCUCUCGGCGUGGCCGCCGAGGGACUUCCGGAUCAGUACGCCGACGGGAAGGCGGCCAAAGUGUGGGAGUUGUACAUCGGAGAUAUCCAGAGCCGGACCCAGGAAUACAAGAGCUGGGUGGUUUCCCUGCUGAAGCGGAACGGCGUGCGGACGGUGCUGGACGUGGCCUGCGGGACCGGAGUGGACUCCAUCAUGCUGGUGGAGGAAGGUUUUCAGAUGGUGAGCGUCGACGCCAGCGACAAGAUGCUGAAGUUCGCCCUGAAGGCGCGCUGGGAGCGCCGCAAGGAGGCCGCCUUCGACCAGUGGGUGAUCGAAGAGGCCAACUGGCUGACGUUGCCUGAUGACAUCCACAGACCCGCGGACGGCUACGACGCUGUCAUCUGCCUCGGGAACUCCUUCGCUCACCUGCCGGACUUCAAAGGGGACCAGAGCGACCAGCGCCUGGCGCUCCGUAACAUCGCCAGCAUGGUGCGACCCGGCGGGAUCCUCAUCAUCGAUCACCGAAACUACGACUACAUCCUGGAGACGGGCCGCGCCCCACAGGGCAAGAACAUUUACUACAAGAGCGAUCUGACCCAGGACAUCACCACCUCGGUUCUGUGGGUCAACAGUAAGCCUCACAUGAUCACCUUGGACUACACCAUCCAGGUGCCUCAGGCAGCGCUGCAGAAGCUUCCUGAAGUCAGUAAGUUCCGGCUGUCCUACUACCCUCACCGGCUGCAGAGCUUUGGCGAGCUGCUGAGCGACGCCUUCGGCGCCAACAUGGAGCACACCGUCUAUGGAGACUUCAAGGCCUUCCGGCCGGGCCAGGACCCGCCACCCUGCUACUUCAUCCACGUCUGCAAGAGGACUGCUUGAAAGCAGGUUCUUCUGGGCCGAGCCGGGUCCGUGCUUCUCAGCAAUAAUUCCGCUUCUACCAUGCCCUGAGCAGAGACCGGUUUCUUUUCUGCCUUAUAGCUGCUGAGAGCCAACAGGAAGCUGCUGAGAGCCAACAGGAAGCUGCUGAGAGCCAACAGGAAGCUGCUGAGAGCCAACAGGAAGCUGCUGAGAGCCAACAGGAAGCUGCUUCCUCAUGUUUUAGACGCUCUUUUACUC